CCCCCCCCCUCCCGCCGAGCUGGGGCUCUUGCACUUUUCGUUCUCUCUCUUUUUCUUCCCAAUGUCAAAUCGUGUGUAUGUUCCAAUUUAAAGUAUAGAAAGUGCAACACGGCAUUAAAAUCUUUUGUCUCCAAUUAUAAUUGUGUAAAAUGCACAAAUAACUUUUGGGAAUAAAAUUGUUGUACAUAUAAAUAAUUCUUAAAAAAAACUCAAUUUUUUGAUUAUAAUACUUUUUGUAAUUUACAGGAAUAUAAUCAAUUUAUUGGAAUGUUCAUAUAAUUUAUAAGAGAAAAGUAAUUAUUUAACGUUCAUUGAUGGUCGACCAUCAUGUUGUGUACACAGACGCUAGUAUCAAGUUAACAUUUUUAAUGAGCCGUCUCUAAACGCUUCUUCACUAAAAAUUGCUCCGAAUUGUCAAAGCAAGCCGUGUGAUCUCGAUUAUGAUGUAAUCUUCUUGCCAUGAUCUCGAUGUCAGUAUUAUCGAGUUUUUCGAGUUUAUCGAGUUUGCUGUUUAUCGAGUAUGUCGAGUUCGUCGACUUACAAUUAGUGGUUACGUUUAUCUAAAACAUUAAACAAUUUUAAGAAAUCUAUUAGAAAUGUGAAAUAUUAAAUGUGAUAUAUGUGAUACUUUAUUCGAAAUGAUCUCUUCAAAAUUCUUCUUGGAGGUUAAUAUACUUCACUGAUGCUGAAUUCAUUGCGCAAGUGUGAAAAAUCGAUCAAUAACAUGGAACAACAUUGCUCCGGCAGCCGGCUUGCUCCGACCGUCCCCGCCACCUUCGGCAACUCCCUCGCCCCGCCGAUCGGGUUAUCCUAACAUAUUAAUGUAAAAUGCAAUGUAACGAUUGUUAUACAAUGUAAGGAGUUUCCUCCGCUUGAUUGUGCUCAAUUGGUUCAACAGUCAAGUGGAGUGACAAGUGAAAAGUUGACAAGGCAAAACGGAGCUAGUCCGCUGAAUUUACGGGAUUCGCAGAGAGGCACGGCAAUAACAGGCAAGAGAUCUCUGUUCUUGCCCAGGUUGUCAUGUCCAACACGCUCAAGCCGUUUGUGUACUGGGCACAGACGGAGAGUCAGGUCACUUUGAAGGUAGACCUGACCGAUGUAAAGGAUCUUAAUGUCAACCUAAAGGAAACUACGUUGCAAGUUACAGCCUACGGACAGGGAGCUAGAGGGAUGAACAGUUACAGCUUCGAUUUAAGUCUUCACUCGCCUAUCGAUCCAAAUGAGAGUAGUUACAAGGUAAUCGAUCGCGAGGUCGACUUUACCCUGAGAAAGAAACAUAAUGGCUGGUGGCCGAGGUUAACGAGUCAGCCGCAGAAGCCCUCGUGGCUCAAGAUCGAUUUCGACAAGUGGAAAAGCGAAGACAUGGAUAACAACGAGGACGAGAAGCGUGACAUUCUUAGCGAUUAUCCCGACAUGUAUGAUAAAUUGCACAAAGUAGAAUUUGGUUACAAGAAAGAGGAUUUCACGAAAGUCUAUCUAUUCAUAUAUAAUGUCUGUCAAUUUGUCGGUUUCAUUUUUGCGCUCGCUGUGAUGGCUAUAAUAUAUUCACGUGACGGGCCAGAGUCCCUGCAGGAAACGUACUCCAUACUCGGCAAGCCACUAAUGACUAUGCAAAUUUUACAAUGUGUGGAGAUAAUAACCCCUUUCUUCGGACACUCGAAGAACAACGCGAUGAUGGCUUUCCUACAAAUAAGCAGUAGAAUGUUCAUGCUGUUUUUCAUCGAAUCGGAGCCCCGUAUGCAAAGCAGCCCGCACGUUUUCUUCAUGCUUAUCAUAUGGAGUACACUGGAUAUAAUCAAGUAUCCGUACUACAGCGCGCAAAUGCUGAACAUCGAGGUGCCCUUCCUAACGUGGCUGCACCACACGAUAUGGAUACCGUCGUAUCCGAUGGCCUUCAUAUGCGAAUAUCUCAUAAUAAAACGGAGCAUUCCGUACUUCGAAGAGACUCAGAAGUUCUCGAUCUCUUUACCAAACAGUUACAAUAUCGCUUUUGACUUCCCGACUUUCAUAAGGCUUUACUUACUCUUCUACUGCUUGCCUGGAAUGUGUAUACAAAUGCUUCACAUGGGCCGGCAGCUCUACAGGAAAUUAGAAUUCAGGAAACUUAUAAAAACCAAUUAAUAUUUAAAAAAAAAGUACAAUUGUGACUUCGCAGGGUAGCUGAUCUUCAAGAUUGUGUUUCUCUUUUCACCUAUAAUCAUUUGUUACGCAGAAGGUAUACAUAAUAAAAAAAAGGGAGACAUAUAGAAGAAGUAAGAUAAGCUCGGUCUUAGCAUGUACAACUUUCAUAAUAAUGCUGUAAUUUUGUAUAGACGUUUAUAUAUUUUUAUUACUUCCGAGGCGAAAUUUUUCAAGAAAUGGAAUUUAAAUUUUAUGCACUAGUUGUAUAAAUUGAAAUUUAAAGAUUAAAAAUCAAAAUUAAAUACAAACAGGACUUAAUGAGCCAAUCUAGGUGACAAUACUUAUUAUGAAAUUAAAAAACCCAUAUAAAUAAAUAAUUCUACCGUUACAUCACCUCUAGUUCAAGUUUAUCCGGUCCGCAGAUAAAAGUCGUUUUGUAGUCGUCAAUGUAUAAAAUUCGAAUGUCGAUAAAAGAAUGAAUAUAUGCAAUUAAAUGCUGCGUAACAAAAUACGUACAGCAUAUAUUAAUCCUGCAUACGUGCCAUUUAUAACAAGAGCGAAAAAACUUUUCAGUAUAAUAUGUCUUUUUUAAGUUAUCUUUUCGACAAGCCGAAAAGAUGUAUGUACAAAAGAUGAAAAUAAAAUUAAAUAAAUAAAAUUA